GCCUCAUUGUGGCAUUCAGCAACACUCAACCAACCAACAAGAUGACUACACUCACUGCUAAGGACAAGGACGCAGUCAGAACCUUCUGGGCUAACGUGUCUGGAAAGGAGGAGGACAUCGGCUCCGAUGCUGUGGCUAGGAUGCUGGCGGUGUACCCGCAGACUAAGACUUACUUCAGCCACUGGAAGGACCUGAGCCCCAGCUCUCCCUCUGCGAGGAAGCAUGGAAUAACUGUGAUGAAAGGAGUUGCAGAUGCUGUGUCAAAAAUCGACGACCUGAAAGGAGGUCUUCUGACCCUCAGUGAGCUGCAUGCCUUCACUCUGCGUGUGGACCCUGCCAACUUCAAGAUUAUCUCUCACUGCCUCCUUGUGGUCCUGUCCAUCAAGUUCCCCAACGACUUCACCCCUGAGGUCCAUGUCGCUCUGGACAAGUUCCUGGCUGCUCUGGCUCUGGCCCUGGCUGAGAAAUACCGAUAAACAGCAGGAGAAGAUGAAGGAGACUGCAGCAUGAGCUUACAUUGCAUAAUGAUUAAUAAAUGCAUUCAUGCCAAAAGCAAA